AUGGCUAUCCAACCCGUCUGGUUCAUCACAGCCGCCUCCUCUGGCUUCGGCCAAGCCAUCGCCCUCUCAGCCCUUCGCCGCGGCCACACCGUCAUCGCCACCGCUCGCAACGCAUCCCGCAUCCAAGAUCUCGCCGCUGCAGGCGCUCACACUCUUGCAUUUGACGUAACCUCGCCGCUGUCCACCAUUGAGGGCGUGGCCAAGCAAGUCUUUGCCGAGCACGGCCGCGUCGACUAUCUCAUCAAUGCCGCUGGCUACAUCCUCGAGGGCUCCAUCGAGGAGGUUAGUCCUGAGGAGGUCUAUGAUAGCUUCAACACGAAUGUCUUUGGCACCAUGAACACUGUUCGAGCAUUCUUGCCGCAUAUGCGUGCGCAGCCUUUGGCUGAUAAUGGCGUCCGCGGGGUUGUCGCUACGUUUGGAAGUUUGGGUAGUUGGCGUGGUUCGGCGGGUUUUGGAGUUUAUUCUAUGACAAAGUGGUGCUGCUCUGCGUUGGGCGAGUCGUUGGCUGCUGAACUCGAGCCUUUUAAGAUCAAGGCGACGGUUAUUGAGCCUGGAUACUUCCGCACUGGAUUCUUGAACCCGGGUACGAGGGUUUCGUCCAAGGCACGGGUUGAUGCGUAUGAGGAUGAGAACACGCCGACGGGCAAGACGAGGAGGGCUAUUGUGAAGACGGAUGGCAACCAGCUUGGUGAUGUGAAGAAGGGGGCGGAGGUGAUUGUCGAUAUGCUGUCGAGCACUGGUGUUGCGAGUGGUAAGGAGCUUCCUGUUAGGGUGAUGCUUGGGAGUGACACGGAGAAGGUUGUCAGGGAUAAGUUUGCAAGCACUAUUGGGAUUCUCGACGAGUGGAAGGAGGUUAUUAGGAGCACUGAUUCUCCUCUAAACUGA